GAAGUUUGCUGCGACUUCAACGUACUAACCUACCACGUAGAGGGCUGAAUGCUUCCCAAGAGUUUAGAAGCGAUGAGGGGAGCUGAUCGUCCCAUCCCAUGACCACCACGAUAUUAAGCCUACCAAGUUAACCUUGUCACGACCAGGCUCGAUAUACUGUUACCUUACCUGCCUUAUCAAUGUUGAGAAACUCCUAGAAUCUCCACUUUUCACUUUCUCCUCAAGUAUCAUUAAACGCCUGACAGACAACCUUUGCAUGCUACCACUUUAUCCCAAGAUCUGAUUCAUAACCCGGUUAAGUCAGACUAUACUCAUAUGCAAAGCUGUUCUUCAACGCUUCUUCAGCAACUGCUGUGCCCGUCCGCUCAAGAUGGCAUCCCCCGGAGCUGCAACGAAAGGCUCCCCUGCUGAGCCAGUCAGCAAAGAGGAUCAGUUAUUGAUUCUUCUGGCCCGUCUGAUGGAGGGGGGGCAAGAGGAUGAGGAGACAUGCAAAGACUUGAAUCAGCUCACAAAACUGCUCAACGAUGACAUUAAGGACGUCCAGAGUGGGAAGCCGUCCAUCUGUGACGCCAUCGACAGCGACUGUGUUGAUACUCUCCUCGGAUACCUAGACAUGAGGCAGCCAGAAGCGGUCCGAGGCUUCGGGCUUCUAACCACAUCGGCCUACCUCAAAGCAGCUGGAGAUGAUGGCCACAAGAAGCUUUCCGCGUUCUACUACGAUCGAGUGAAGCGCGGCACCUACGACGACUACAUUGUUGCAUUUUGCGUUGCGUCGGCCUUGUUCCCCAUUGUGCCAGAUCUCAUCAAGAGCCUGUUUCUCAGCGAAGGUUUCAUUGCCAGCCUCGGUCCGCUAAUGAGGCGAAAGUGGAAGAGCAGGAAGGUUGAGACUGCAUGUCUGGAGAUGCUCAACGCGGCAUGUAUGAACUCGGAAUGCCGUGCGGCCGUGCAAAAGUACUGCGUCGAGUGGCUCGAGGAGAUUGUAGACCAGGAUCCGGACGAGAUUGCUAAGUGCACCAUGACGACGGAGCCUGACGUGCACCAGGCCGGAUCGAUCUCGAUGCGAAAACACUCAGAGCAGGUGCAGAACCUCGCUGCUGUAAUUCUCACCAAACUAAAGGCAACACAACCGCCAGAGUCCACCAUCGAAUUACCCGAGGAACGGGUGGGCUUGGCAACCACAAGUAUCGAGGAUCUCAGCAAGAAGUUCACCAAAGUCCUCCUCGAAGACCCAGAACAUGGCCGGCAGAGCUCCAUCGAGGGACUUGCCUACGCAUCUCUUCAGCCCAAAGUAAAAGAAUCAUUGUCGGAAGAUAAGGUUUUCCUAAAAGCACUUGUUGAAACGCUCAAAGAUGCUCCAGCUCGAUCAUCCCUGACCUAUGGAGCACUGAGCAUUGUCGUCAACCUCACCCGUUAUGAGCCUGCUCAAUCAGAAGAGCAGAAGCGCAUGGCGCAACUCAAGGCGUAUGCAAAUGCAGCCGGAAAGCUAAAACAGGAUCCGUUGAACGAUGACGACCACGUCAGCGCCAGGUGCAUGCGCAUUUUCGAGGCCGGCAUCGUCCCAAUCCUAGUCUCGCACAGCAAAGACGGGUCGGUAGCAUCAUUAUCACUCAUUGUACAAAUCAUCUACUCCCUGUCCGUUACACCUAAGCUCCGGGGUCAACUGGCUCAGCAGGGUGCUGUCCGCCUUCUCAUCGCUGCGUGGACCGCACUCUCGGCCACCAACGAUGCGUCAACUAGUGUUGCUCGACGCACCUCAGCUCAGGCCCUCGCACGCAUCCUUAUAUCAACAAACCCCGCCCAUGUGUUUGGCGGUACUCGCCCAACGCCAAUCAGCGCAGCUAUCCGUCCCUUGGCCUCCAUCGUACCACCUGACGACUCGACAGAGACACGAGAUCUACUCCCAACCUUUGAGGCACUUAUGGCCCUCACCAACCUCGCGUCAACAGAAGACCAAGAUACUCGGCGCGCAAUAGUACGUGCAGUAUUUCCCGACCUCGAGGAGCAGGUCUUGAGCUCGAAUGCAAAAGUACAACGUGCGGCCACAGAGCUCAUUUGCAAUCUGGCCCAAUGUCCAGAAGGGGCUGCCCCUUUUGCAGACGGAUCACCCCAGGCCAGUACUAGGGUUCACAUUCUCCUAGCACUAUGUGAUGCCGAGGACGAGGGCACCCGCAACGCAGCCGGCGGAACGCUGGCCAACCUAUCAGCACAUGAGGCUGUCGUACGGGCGAUACUUGCGCGAGGCGAGCGUGGCAUACAAAUCUUGCUGGGGAUGUGUGGGGAGGGCAGCAGCGAUGAUCUCAGGCAGCGUGGCGCUUUUGUGUUGCUCAACAUGGCGGCGACUGAAGGUGAGGCUGGUCGAUUGUCACGGGAGAAGAUCAAGGCCGAGAAUGGGGCGACGGUCCUCACAGAGUGUGCAAAGAAGACGAGGCGGCCCGAGGUGCUGGAAAUCGCGGUCGCGGCGCUUAAGGCGCUUCUUGAGGCAGAAUGAAGAAGAAAGGGCGGGACUCUUACUUGGAACAACGGUGUCAAAUAGUGGUGAGGUCAAUGGGCGGAUAUCAUUUUACCAAGCCUGAAAUUAACGACAGCUCUUUGCUGAUUUCAGGAAGAAUGAGAAGUGCUACCGCUUUGUUCAUGACGAAUGUUCUUUAGUGGCAUGAAGUGAAGUCGACUUUGAGAUCUCUGCUGCCUAGAUGAGAUAGGCAGCCUCAUCACGCUACGCUGUAGACAGCUCAAAGCAUACACAUUGUGUGGAUCUGGUUAUGGACAAGACAAAGGGACUAACGGUCUAUUUUAUACCAUUCCCCUUUCUUGAAGACCAGAUACACCAUGCUAUUACAAAACUAUAUUGGCUGUGCUUGGACCCUUGCCGUCCUUACCUGCCCUUCCAUCUCAACCUGCCAACCCACUGCGCAAAGGCGGCGAUCUCAUCCUGCGCCAUCAGCAAGUCGACGGUGUAGUAGUACCUGGCGAGGUCCUCGUGGGACGCGAACCUGUGGACUGUGUUGUGGCAGGCCCUGCACAGCCAGGCGACGUUCUGCAGCUCAUCCUCGCGGUGCCACCCCCUCUUGAGCACCUUGUCGUGCACCAUGCGCGGGAUGAGGUGGUGGUACGUCAGGUGGAUCCAGUCACGGCCGCACAGCUCGCACUCGUCCGCCUGCCCGCGCGUCACCUUGACGGGGGCAGCCGUCGCGGU